GUGAUCUUAACAACCUUAUCAAUAUGAACAGUCACGAUUCUAAUAUAUGUAAGGUCAAGAGAUAAGGUAGAGGCCCAGAACAGAAAAAAACAGGCACCAUGCUGUGGUCAAUUUUACUUAUUGCUGUUGUAGAUGUUGCUUUAGGACAAACCAACUGCCACAGAACUUGUACUUCUCAGUUCUCACCUGUAUGUGGAACAGAUGGCAAAACAUAUAGCAAUCAGUGUCUCCUGAAUGUUGCAAUAUGCUACUCAAAGGUAAAGGGAAUGAAUCUUCAUUACGCACACCGUGGCUCCUGUGGUAGUCACGUUACCCACACACCUCCCAUUCAUUAUGGCUGUAAUGAUGUCUGUGAUGAAGAAUUACAGUUAGCAUGUGGAACUGAUGGAAACACCUACCAUAAUAGAUGUUUCUUAAACUUGGCAAAUUGCGACGCAGCUAAAACUGGAGAUCAUGUUGGUUAUGCUCACUCUGGUGAAUGUUCUGAAACGGACAAAACCUGUCCACGCACCUGCGACAAUCACUUAGAUCCCGUGUGUAGUACAGGCAAUAUCACAUUUAAGAACCCUUGUUGGCUGACCAUGUAUGGAUGUAAAUAUGCCCAUCUAUCUAGUACUUUAUCAGAUAGAUAUCAUAUGGCACACAAUGGUUCAUGUGACGGGACAGACCCGUAUGCAUCAACAACAAUGCUCGACUGUAGUUCAUAUAUGACCCAUGGGUCCAUAGCAGGAGAAGGAGGCACUGGUCAUUUAUGGACCUGUCCAAAAGAACACGAAUAUCUAUGCGGUGCUGACCACCAUACAUAUCCUGGUCCAUGCUAUUACUGCAGACGUAUGGACUAUGCCAAAAAACUCGAUGAGAAUAACAUGGUGCACUUAAUCUCCAAUUCUGUCUGCAAGUCAUUCAUUGGUUAAACUAACCUUGAUGAAAUAAAUAAAAACUGAUGGCGAUAAUGACCAUAACAUCUUAUGUUUUCUAUAAACUAUGUCUUAUGUCUUUAUAUAUGUAACACAAAGCAACAGGCUCUUUUUAACUAUGUGUCAUUCACUGUUAUAAAAAUAACUUAUUCAACAUA